CGCGCAGCAUAUCCGAACCUAGCCAACCAGCCCCAGCGCCCAACGCACGAACUGUAAGAAACCCUAGCGGAGCAACUGACACACUCGCCUACAUCCUCGGCCGCCAGCUCGCCACCAUCGCCUCCCGGUCGGCCGCGCCACCUCCCGGAAGUUUGAGAAUGGACAGACUCUUGGGAAAGUGUGCAAACUCAGGAAGUCACUCUAUGGACUGAAGCAGCCACCACGUGCAUGAUUCAAACGAGCCAUGUGUUAUAUGGACCAUUAUCAAUGAAAUGGAGACCGCAGUCUUCUACAAACAUCAAGGCUCCCGUAUCAUUAUUCUGGCUGUUUAUGUUGAUGAUAUAGUGAUCACUGGAUAUGAUGUGAAGGAGAUUAAGAAAUUGAAGGAAAAGCUAAGUAGAGCCUUUGAGAUUGGAUAACAAUAUCAUGCCAUUAGGUGGAUAACAUUUGACGUGCUCCUGGUUUGUUCAUUUCCGGGCAUCAUCAAAAUGUCAGGACCGCUGAAUUCAAACAUUAGUGGGGGCCCCUCGAACCUUAGAGAUUCCACAGGAAGGCCAUUUACAUCAUCGUUUUCUGGUCAAUCUGGAUCACUUCCAGGUUUUCAUCACUCAGGUUCACACAACAUUCAUGGAAAUCUUAAUCUUGCAAAUAUCUCUGGAUCAUUAGCACCACGAAAUAAUUCAAUGGCAGGCAUUCCGUCUGCAGGGGUUCAACAACCCAGUGGUGGCAUUUCCAGUGGCCGUUUCCCUCCAAAUAAUCUUCAAGCUUCCUUGUCUCAGAUUCCUCAUGGGCAUUCUGGGAUUAGCAACAGAGGAGGUAUGAAUGUUGGGGGAAAUCCUGGAUUUGGUAGUAGCAUGAAUGCUAUUGGUGGUUCAAUACAAGGUUUAUCCUCAAACUUGGCUAAUGUGGGUAACCGCAAUUCUGCUCCUGGGUUGGCAGCUUCUCCAGUCUUAGGAAAUUUAGGCCCAAGAAUAGCAAGUUCUGGGAAUAUUUUGGGUGGGAGCAAUAUUGGGAGAAGUAUAAGCUCUGGAGGACUGUCUAUGCCUGGUAUUGCAUCUCGCAUGAAUUUAAGUGGCAACUCUGGUAGUGGGGCUAUCAACAUUCAAGGAUCCAACCGUAUUGGUAUGCUUCAACAAGCAUCCCCACAAUUUAUGAACUUGCUUGGAAGUUCUUACCCAACACCUGGAGGGUCACUAUCUCAGAAUCAAGUACAGUCAGGAAGUGGUUCUUUAGGAUCUUCUGGAAUGCUAUAUGAAGGAAGCUCAGGUGACAAUGCUCCAUUUGAUAUUAAUGACUUUCCUCAGUUAACUGGACGACCUAAUUCUGCUGGAGGUGGUCAAGGACAAUAUGGAUCACUGAGAAAGCAUGGAGUAAGCGUCAAUGCCAUUGUACAACAAAACCAGGAAUUCAGCAUUCAGAAUGAAGAUUUUCCAGCUUUACCAGGAAAUAAAGGUAGUUCCUCAGAUUAUCCUAUGGAUAUUCAUCACAAGGACCACCUUCAAGAGAAUAUAAAUAUUAUGCAAGCACAACAUUAUCCUAUGGCUAGACCAUCUGGCUUUAGCUUGGGAAGCAGUUAUCCACCCCGUCAACAUCAGCAGAGUGCUAAUUCAGUUCAAAAUGCUGGGCUGGAAACUAUUGGACUAAGACCGGCAAAUUCUCCAAGUCUGUCAACUAAUUCAGGGGUUUAUGAGCAAUUCAUGCAGAAGUACCAUCAACCACAGACUCAAAAUUCACUUAGGUUGCAGGCAGCUUCAGGUCCUCAACAGUACAAGGAUCAGAGCCAAAAAUCCGUUCAGGGAACACAGGCUGUGCCGGAUCCAUAUAGCUUACUUGGACUGUUGAGUUUAAUAAGAAUGAAAGAGCCUGGACCAACAACUCUUGCUUUAGGGAUUGAUUUGACCUCGUUGGGGUUGAAUUUGAACUCCCAAGAUAAUCUUUACAAGACAUUUGGCUCUCCGUGGUCAAGCGAGCCAGCUGUAGGAGAACCUGAUUAUCAGAUCCCAGCUUGUUUCUCUGCAGAGCCACCACCAGCACUGCAACCAUUUCAUUUUCAGAAGUUUCACCCUUUGACACUAUUCUACAUCUUUUACAGCAUGCCUAAAGAUGCCGCUCAGUUAUAUGCUGCUAAUGAACUAUACAAUAAAGGGUGGUUUUACCACAAAGACUACCGUGUUUGGCUAACAAGAGCUCCUAAUUCCGCACCUCUUGUGAAAACUCCACUUCAUGAACGAGGGUCCUACAUUUGUUUUGAUCCAAGCAUCUGGGAUACUGUUCAUAAGGACAACUUUGUUCUCCAUUACGAAGCAGUGGAGAAGAGACCUGUCCUUCCUUCUGCUGGCCAAAAUAUUAGGCGAGAACUAUAAGGUUCUCCUGCAUUUGAAGUUAAUUUGGUUUGAUCAGUAGCUGUUGUCAUGGAUGGGCUGAGUUCAUACAAAAUGAUUCUAUAAGAACUUAUGACCCCCAGGUGGCAGUUGUAGAAAUGUAGCUGAGAUUUAGAUUUUCUUCAUAAUUUGUUGGCAUUAUUUAGUAGGGCCAUUGUUGUACCAAUGUUGUGACUUGAUUUGUUGUUGUUGUUGUUGUGACGCAGUCACCGUGAUGAUAAUAAAUGUUUUGACCGUUAUGAGUCAGCAUGAAAAUAUAAUGAGACUUUUGAUUUGAGAUG